CCCGCAGUGCGCAUGCGCGGACAUUUACGCAGCAGGUAAACUCCACCAUGGCGGCGAGAGGCCAUGUGCAAGAUCCCAACGACAGGAGACUCAGACCUAUUUAUGAUUACCUUGAUAAUGGCAACAACAAGAUGGCAAUACAGCAGGCAGAUAGACUGCUGAAGAAACAUAAGGACCUCCACUGUGCCAAGGUCUUAAAGGCCAUCGGCCUUCAGCGGACGGGGAAGCAGGAUGAAGCCUUCGCUUUGGCCCAGGAGGUGACCGUCUUAGAGCCCACCGACGAUAACUCACUCCAAGCUCUCACCAUUCUCUACAGGGAGAUGCACCGUCCUGAGCUGGUGACUAAGCUGUAUGAGGCUGCAGUGAAGAAGGUGCCUCUCAGCGAGGAGUAUCACUCUCACCUGUUUAUGGCGUACGCUCGAGUUGGAGAGUACAAGAAGAUGCAGCAGGCUGGAAUGGCUUUGUAUAAAAUAGUCCCCAAGAAUCCGUAUUACUUCUGGUCUGUCAUGAGUCUGGUGAUGCAGGCGAUCUCAGCGAAGGAUGAAAAACUGGCCCAGACCAUGUUCCUGCCUCUGGCCGAACGCAUGGUGGAGAAAAUGGUGAAGGAGGAGAAGAUCGAAGCAGAAGCAGAGGUGCAGCUUUAUUUUAUGAUCCUGGAGCGUCUGGGAAAGUGUGAAGAAGCCCUUGAAGUGAUCCGGGGUCCACUGGGAGAGAAACUGACAAGUGAGCUGCAGAGCAGGGAGAGGAAGUGCAUGAUGCUCUACACACGGCUAGAGCGCUGGCCGGAGUGCAACGCCCUGGCCCAGAAGCUGCUGCUGAAAAAUCCAGAUGAUUGGCAGUUCUAUCCCUCCUACUUCGACUCUCUGUUCCACCUGAUGGAUCAGUCGUGGAGCCCGCCAGAAGACGGCGACCACUGUUCGGAGGGCUCUGUACAUCACACGGUAUCGGAGGUGGUGAGGUUUGUAGAGGAGAGGAUUACGGUAGAGGACGGCAAAGACUCUCGAUCGCUCAGAGGGCCUUAUUUGGCUCGGCUGGAACUGAUGCACAGACUGAGGGAGCGAGGAUACCCUGAGGAGAACCUGCCAGGCGAACCUUUAGAGCUGAUGGUGCAGUUCUUCAGAAAGUUUGGAGACAAGCCAUGCUGCAUCACAGACUUGAAAAUCUAUCUUCACCUGCUAGCUCCUGACCAACACGUCCAGUUUAUCAACCGGCUCAGUGAAGCGGUUCCCCUGGGAGAGCAGGGCGAGGAUGGCUUCACCUUCCCAGAGGACACCAAAUCCCUCCAGCGGCAUCUGUGCGUCUGUCAGCUGACCCGAGCCCUCGGCCUGCAUCACUCUCUGGACGUCCCUGGGAAACUGCGCCUCAUCGCCGAGCUGAAGGCUCACUAUCGCCACGGGCUGAAGUUCGGCAGCGGUGCCCUGAAGACGGAGCUGCAGUUCUCUGAUAUGUACUGCCUCAUGGCAGCUCAUGUGUUCAUCGACCUGUGGACAGAAACAGGGGACGAGGACAUGGUGUGGCAGUGUUUAGGGCUCUUAGAGGAGGGUCUUUCUCAGAGCCCCUCAAACGCUCAGUUCAAGCUGCUGCUGCUGCUCCUCUACUGUCGCCUGGGAUCCUUUGAGCCUGUGGUGGACCUUUAUUCCAGCCUGGAUGCCAAACACAUACAGCACGACACCAUAGGGUAUCUUUUAACCCGUUAUGCUGAGUCUCUGGGUCAGUUCGCUGCAGCUUCGCAGUCCUGCAACUUCUCCCUCAGGUUUUUCCACUCCAACCAGAAAGAUACCUCAGAGUACAUCAUUCAGGCGUACAAGUACGGGGCUUUUGAAAAAAUCCCAGAGUUCAUUGCUCUCAGGAACAGGCUGAACCAAUCGCUGCACUUCGCCCAGGUUCGCACUGAAAGGAUGCUGCUGGACUUGUUCCUUGAGGCUGAUAUCAUCUUGAGUCUAGAGGAAAGUGUUAAGGCCAUGUCUUUGUCUUCAGAGGAAGACGAUAUCCCCUGGGAUAGUUUAAGGGACAACCGGGACCUUACUGUAUUUACAAACUGGGACCCCAAAGAAAGACAAUUAACCGAUGAGCAGCGGACUCGGUCAAUGGAGGAGGAGUCCGUUUGGCUGCGGAUACGCUCCCUGACGCUUCGCUUGCUCGCCUCGCUCACGGCGUCAGGACACGCUCCCUCACAGCAAAACUCUGAGAUUUCCAACGAGAACGGAGUCGGAGACAAAAGCUCGCACCUGCGCAGCCUGCUGCCCGAGCUCAACGAGACGCUACAGAUGGCAGCGCAGAUCGCAGAAAAACACAUACAGUACCCCCUCCUGGGCCCCCCCUCCACCCGGCUAGCCUCGGCGCUGUCCAUCGGCAGCUGUCAGUGUCAGGCCGCAGCCCUGCAGCUGUCGGUCCAUCUGCAGGAGCUGGAGUCGGCGGGACUCGACGAAUCGUCGGAGCUUCAGACUCAAAUCUGUAACGUUUUUAAAUCGUUGGUAGUUCAGCUUCAAGAAAUGCUUAAUAAAUGCAAAGGGGACUUAUUGGAAAUGAAAGAGAGCAAAUUGAAAACCCAACCCUCCUUAUUAGAAAAUCUAGUUUUCUUUGUUGAGACAGUCAGCAUAGUGUUGUGGACCGCUAGCUACUGUGCCAAGAUCCUACGACCGCUUAAAACAAGUUUACAGAAGAAGAAAAAGAAGAAAAAGGAUGCCAACUCAGCUCAGCCGUUGGUGGUCUGUGGAUUCCAGGAACUGAGUGGGAGCUUGCAGGAACUACUCAACCAGGCAGCGGAGCACAUCAGAGGGCAAGAGUCUGGCAUUACAGCCCAAAAGCUGGCCAGUUUAACCUUGGAAGGAUUCUCACAGGACGAGGCGUCGUUUACGAAGGUCGCCAUGGAGAAGGUUCAAGGCAGUUACCUUCGCUCGCUCCAGGAGGUGGGCGAUCUACUCAAAAAGAGAGCUGAAACUUUAAAGAACCUUAAAAUCUGAGCAUUGCACAGCCGCCCGGACUGAAGAAGACUGUACCCCCCUCCACCAUCACACCCCCGUUCCUGUCUGAUCCGCCGCGAGUCAAACGGAAACCUCGCCACGCUGCCCGUUUCCUGUCCUCUUCACUACCUGGGGCUGCAGGAGCUCCGUCUGGGUCUUUGUUUUUCCUCCCGCUCCACGUCACCACGCGCCUCCAGAACUCACACAACUCUAAUAGCACAUGAGCCUGUAAGAAAACUCAUGAACUGACGCAGCAUCUGCGAAUGACACCCAACAGGUGCACUCUUAGACAGAAUUAUCUCACAUAAGGAAAAAUGAAUAUACAGUUUUAGAAUCUAAUAAAUUAUUGUACAUAAUAUAAACCAUAACUCAUUGACUUCAUGAGAGUAUAAGACCUAAUAAACCACUAUCCUGUUUGUCGGUAAGUUUCCUGUUCUCUGGUGACGUCACAAACUCACCUUUAGACGCACAACUUCAGCGCUGAGGAGGAAGGAUCUGUCUAUGUGCUGCUUUUCUUUUUUUUUUCUUUAAUUUUCAGCUGCUUUUGGAGGGACGAACGCCCGGCAGCCAGCAGGGGGCGCUUUGGACUGACGAAGCGCCCCGUUACAGAAUCGUUACGUCCUCUUUUGUUUCGGUUAGCUUCCUGUACGUCGUUUAUUGCUUUGAACCCUCGUAGUUGCAGUAUUACACGAAUUGAGCUAAAUAACAGGAGGAUGUUUCCUUUUUUUUUAAUAAAUACUG